GGCUGCAAGGGAAAGGUCCUUUCGGGAGGUGUUGAACUUAUUUGGGCCAGCGGGGAGCCACGCCCGGCCUGAGAAAGAGCUUUUGGGUCCUGAGAGCAGAGCCAGGCCAUUGAAGAAUGUUUAACCCAGCUUGAUCUCUGAAGACUCUUCUGCACCCCAACCUGUCCCCAGUUGCUUUCCAAAGAGAAAUAGAAAAUGAGUGAGUCUCAGGAGCCAGUGACAUUUGCAGAUGUGGCUGUGGACUUCACCCAAGAAGAGUGGCAGCAUCUGGACCCAGCUCAGAAGACCCUGCACAGGGAUGUGAUGCUGGAGACCUAUAGUCACCUGGUCUCAGUGGGGUAUUCAGGUAUAAAACCGGAUGCAAUAAUUAAGUUGGAACAUGGAGAGGCCCCGUGGAUUAUAGAGAGUGAGUUGUCAAGGUGGAUCUGUCCAGACAGGGAGAAAGUCCUUGAAUCUUCCCAGCAGAUCAUUUCUGGAGAACUUUCAUCUCAAAGGGAGAUAGUAGAAAGAACCCCAAAGGAUAAUUCAUUGUACUCCAUUUUGAAAGUCUGGCAUAUUGGUAAUCAAAUAGAUAGUUAUCAAGGAAACAAAGACAGAGUUUUGAGGCAGGUCACAGCCAUCAGCCAUGAAACAUUGGUUGAGGAGACAGGCCCCAAGUAUAAUGCAUUUGGAAAAAUGUUCAAUGGGUGCACAGACCUUGAUCCUUCAAGUAAAAAACUCCAUAAUUUUGAUUUAUGUGAAAAGAACUUAAAAUCUAAUUUAGAUUCACUAAAUUGUGAUAGGAACCAUGCAAGAAAGAACCCCAUUGAGAGAUUUGGAUGUGGAAGACCACCUAGCUGUAGGGCCUUCUGUUCUGUGCCUGAGAAUGAAGGCUUCAUUCAUACUGGAAUGAAGCCCUGUGGAGAGAGUGAAUGUGAAAAAGUUCUUCAUAAUAAGAAAGCCCAUAUUCAGUAUAAGAAAGUUCAAGCCAGAGAGAAACUCAAUGUUUGUAGUGUGUGUGGGAAGGGCUUUAUCAAGAAGUCACAGCUUGUUAUACAUCAAAGAAUUCAUACUGGAGAGAAACCAUAUGUAUGUGGAGAUUGUGAGAAAGCCUUCAGUGAAAAAUCACACCUCAUUGUCCAUCAGAGGAUUCAUACUGGGGAGAAACCCUAUGAAUGUCCUGAGUGUGGCAGGGCCUUCUCUCAGAAGUCGCCGUUCAUUGUUCAUCAGAGAGUCCAUACGGGAGAGAAACCUUUCGAAUGUUUUGAGUGUCUAAAAGCCUUCUCCCAGAAGUCACAUCUCAUUACGCAUCAGCGAGUUCAUACCAGAGAGAAGCCCUUUGAAUGCGGUGAAUGUGGGAAAACCUUUUGUGAGAAAUCUCACCUUUGUAUACAGCAGCUAACUCAUAAUGGGGAGAAGCCCUAUGCAUGUACUGAAUGUGGGAAGACCUUCCCUCGGAAAACACAGCUCAUCAUACAUCAGAGAACGCACACUGGAGAGAAGCCUUAUAAGUGUAGUGAAUGUGGAAAAACCUUCUGCCAGCAGUCUCAUCUCAUAGGACAUCAAAGAAUUCAUACAGGAGAGAAACCUUAUGUGUGUACUGACUGUGGGAAGGCUUUUUCCCAGAAGUCACACCUCACUGGCCAUCAAAGACUUCAUACUGGAGAAAAACCUUAUUUGUGCACUGAAUGUGGAAAAUCCUUCUCUCAGAAAUCACCUCUUAUUAUACACCAGAGAAUUCAUACAGGAGAGAAACCCUAUGAGUGUAGAGAAUGUGGCAAAACCUUCUCCCAGAAAUCACCCCUUGUUAUUCAUCAGAGAAUUCACACAGGGGAGAAACCCUACGAAUGUACUGAGUGUGGGAGGGCCUUUUCCCUGAAGUCACAUCUUGUUACACAUCAGAGAGUUCAUACUGGAGAGAAACCAUAUGAAUGCAGUGAAUGUGGAAAGGCCUUCUGCGAGAAGUCUCCACUCAUUACACACCAGAGAACCCAUAUUAAGGAGAAACCCUCUGAAUGUGCUGAGUAUGGGAUGACCUUUACCUGGAAAUCACAGAUGAUCACAUAUCAGAGAACACACACUGGGGAGAAACCCUCCAAAUGCAGUGACAGUGGGAAGGCCUUCCGCCAGCAUGUAUACCUCACUGGACAUCAGAAUGCGUCUAGAAGAAAAACCCUAUAUAUGUACUGAUUACGGGAAGGCUUUUUCCCAGAAGUCAGACCUCAUUGUAAAUGGGAAAACUCACAUUGAACAGAAAUCCUAUGGAUAUGUUGGACAUGAAAAAAAAUGUGGCAAUUUCUCAGCUGUAGAAUAGACUCAUAUAUUUCUCAGUAUUCUGAUUAUCCUUCCACAGAAUGAUCUAGUUAGGCCCUCAGAGUGUUUUCAACAUCGUAA